AACCAUGGCGGUGAACCAUGACGUCACCGGCUUCUCAAACCACCUUGGGGCAAAUCUCACUUCUGAUUGGCUCAAAACGAGGAAGUACCUUCGCGGCCAAUCACACACGCGUUUACUCACCGAUUAGCCUGUACCAACAUGGCAGCGCUCUGAGUCCUGCAGGAAGCAACCAGGAGUAAAUAAAGACACAUUUGACGUUUUAGAGGGAGCGACAGCGUCCGGACGUCCGUGUUUAGGACCGGUUGGAUCCGAGGGGGGAAAAUGUCGAGUGACGGCAGUAAAAAACAGUUCUGGAAAAGAAACGCAGCGAAGGUUCCUGGCAGCAUUCAGCAUGUGUAUGGCGCGCAACACCCACCUUUUGAUCCACUCCUCCAUGCGAACUUGAUUAAGGCGGGCAACAAGCCAUCUCCCGCCACGCCGGGCAAGCCCAAGAAGGCCACGACGUUCCAAGAGUUCGAGAGCAUUACGAGCGACGCCUGGGACGUCGGCGACGACGAUGACGAGCUCCUGGCCAUGGCAGCGCAGAACCUCAACAUCGAGGUUGUCAUGGAGACCGCUAAUAAGGUGAUAGAAAAUCACAGCAAGCUGCAGGAGAGACAGAAGCUGGACGACACCGUAGAGUCGUGUCAAAGAGGGGACGACAACACGCAAGAGGCGGAGUAUGAGGAAGACGACGAGGAGGACGAUGAGGAUGACCGAGUGGAGGAGGGAGACUUGACCAGUCCAGAGGUUUCCUUUUCCUUCCAGAGCAGUCCUGACACUGAGGGACGUUUGGUUAAAUCCCAAAGCGAAGCUCCGAUCGGAUCACCGAAAGAUGCAGCAAGCGAGCACGCCGCCCUCUACAGACAGCGCUCUCUGCCCCACCGGCCCCCCGUCAUCCCACUCGUAGCUCGCAUGGCUGACCAGAACACGUCGGGCACCCCGGUCAUGACCGAGAGGGAGGCGUCGCGUCUGGAUAAAUUCAAGCAGUUGUUGGCUGGCCCUAACACAGAUCUUGAAGAGCUUCGGAAACUCAGCUGGUCUGGAAUCCCGCGACAAGUUCGACCAAUCACGUGGAAGCUCCUCUCUGGGUACCUGCCAGCCAAUGCAGAGAGGCGAGACAAUGUCCUCCAGAGGAAGCGGCAGGAGUAUUUUGGCUUCAUCCAGCAGUACUACGACUCCCGCAAUGACGAGCACCAUCAGGACACGUACAGACAGAUUCACAUUGACAUACCGAGAACUAAUCCUCUUAUUCCUCUCUUUCAACAAGCUUCUGUCCAAGAGAUAUUUGAACGCAUCCUCUUCAUUUGGGCCAUACGGCACCCUGCCAGCGGCUACGUGCAAGGCAUCAACGACCUGGUCACGCCCUUUUUUGUGGUCUACGUCUUUGAGUACAUCGAGGAAGAAGUGGAAAACUUUGACGUGUCCAGUCUCCAGGAAGAGGCUCUGAGGAACAUCGAAGCUGACAGCUUCUGGUGCAUGAGCAAGCUGCUGGACGGCAUCCAGGACAACUACACUUUUGCACAGCCGGGCAUCCAGAGGAAAGUCAAGGCCUUGGAGGAGCUGGUCAGCAGGAUUGACGAAUCGGUGCAUCAUCACAUGCAGCAUUACGAGGUGGAAUACUUGCAGUUUGCCUUCCGCUGGAUGAACAACCUUUUGAUGAGGGAGCUGCCGCUACGAUGCACCAUUAGAUUGUGGGACACCUACCAGGCUGAACCGGAGGGUUUCUCCCAUUUCCACCUCUACGUCUGUGCAGCCUUCCUGGUGAGGUGGAGGAAAGAGAUUCUAGAGGAGCGAGACUUUCAGGGCCUGAUGAUCCUGCUGCAGAACCUUCCCACAAUGCACUGGGGCAACGAGGAAGUCAGCGUGCUCCUGGCCGAGGCCUACAGGUUGAAGUUCGCCUUCGCCGACGCCCCCAACCACUACAAGAGAUGAUGACGCUGCGCCCCCCACCCCCCCAGCCGCCUCCUGGCCAUUCACACUUGAGCUAUGAGAGAUUGAAGUAACUGAGAGGGCGACACACUGAACAUGUUUUUUUUUUUACUUUUUGUGUUUUUUCCCCCCCCAAAUGCGUGGAAGGCGACCUCAGGUGCAACGUGGAGCGAUUGCUGGCGAUGGCCAAUGAGUGUUCUGGCUCUUUCUCUGCAGAGAUUUGACCUUUUUUGUCAGUUUUGUGCAGUCAAUGGACGGCGGCGCAAAGGGCAGAGCACGUGGCGUGCAUAACUGAACCUUCUCUCCCGCUCAACCUGACGUUUUUUUUUGUUGUUUUUUUUUUGCCUUCGCCUUGCCCUCGAGCGAUGAGGAUUGCCCCUCCUUGGAGUCCAGAGAGCUUCAUCAGCAUCCACAUGAAUCAAGCGCCACCGGGGGGUAAGAAUUUAUCUCCCUGCAACAUCUUAUUUAUUGGCUCCAGGGAAGUCAUAAAGUGUCUCAAUAGGACGCGUGAGGAUUGGUCAAGGGACUUACCUUGGGAAAGAUUUUUGUUUGCAAAGAUUGUUGUUGCCACCUGAGCCCACAGGGAUGGACGCCUUUCCAUUUUUCUUCCCCCCGCUCACAUUAUCAGCCUUUUAGAAGUUUUUUUAUUUAUUUUUUUAUGAUUUGUCUACAUUAUCCCAUUAAAUCGUGCCUGACAUCAAGAAAUAUAUAUAUAUAUAUAUUUUUUUUUUUUUCCAAUUUUUACAUGUUUUUAUUUUCAUAUUUUGCUUAAUGUUCUGGCUGUUAUGUGAGUUACAAACCCCGCCCCUAUAAUAGUGAUUGUCCAAUCAUAUGGCAGCAACACUUCCGACGUCUUUCCCACCCUCCGUUUUAGGAAGUCCAUGAUCAUAUUUCUAUAAUGACACACUUGCAGGUCACAAUAUUAGGCACACCUACAAAAGGGGAGGACCAGCCUAUCAACAAUUUAAAGAAGGGCGGGGCUUACUGAUGAAUCACUUUUGUUUUUAAUGCCUUCAUUUAACAAGUGUAAAAAAAAAAAAAAAAGUUUAUAUUUUAGCCUUUUUUUGUUGUUUUUUUAAAUUGAAUCAGUAGAUAGAAUUAAUAUCUGGCAUCCCCCUUUUAAGGAAGUUGGGGAUUUAUUGAAGCAUCAUGUUUGUUCUGAUUGCCUUGAUUCGCUAGAAAAAAUAAAAUAAAACAAAUAAUACAGAUUUAACAAGUGUAAAAAAAAAAAAGCUGAUCUUUUAGACUUUUUUGAAAUUUAAUAAGUAGAUAGAAUUAAUAUCUCGCUUCUCCAAUUUAAGGAAGUGAGGGACUUAUUGAAGCAUCAUGUUUGUUCCUAUUGCCUUGAUCACAUUGAAAAAAAUAUUAAAAUAAUACAGAUACAUAGCAAGUGUAGAAACAUUUUAAAAAAGUUGAUUUUUUUAGACUUUUAAAUAGUUUUUUUAAAAAAUUUGAAUCAAUAAAGAUACUAUUUGGGAUCUCCAAUUUAAGGAAGUGGGGGGGUUGUUAAGCGUCACAUUUGUUAUUAUGGCCUUAUUCUGCGAAAUACAUUGAUAAAAAAUAAAAUAAAAAUACAGAUUUAACAAUUUAAAAAAGUUAAUCUUUCUGACAUUUUUAUUUUUUUUACUUUUUACAUUUAAUUUUACAAAAUGAAUCAAUAGAUAUAAAAAAUAUCUGGCACCCCCAUAUUAAAGAAGGGCAGAUCAUACUGUAGCAUCAUUUUUGUUCUAAUCCUUUAUUCCACAAAUGACAAUCGAUUAAAAGGAAAAAAAAAACACUCAUUCAAAAGGUUUUGUUUUUUUAACUUUUUUAAUUGUUUUUAAAACAUGAAUCACUAGAUAGAAUAGAUAUCUGGCAUCCACCAUUUAAGGAAGGGCGGGUCUCACUGGAGCAUCACUUUUGUUCUUAUUGCCUUAUUCCACAAAUGACAAUUGAUAAAAAAAAAAUUAAAAAAAGAUAAACAAGUGUAAAAAAAAAAAAGUUGCACUUUUAGACAUAUUUUUUAAACUUUUUAAAAUUUAUUUUACAAAUGAAUCAACAGAAUAAAUAUAUGGCACCUCCAAUUUCAGGAAGGGCAGGGAUUGUUGAAGCAUCACUUUUGUUCUUGCCUUAUUCCACAAAAAGACUUUGAUGAAAAAAUAACAGAUUCAACAAGUGUAAAAAAAUAUAUUUUUAAAAAGUUGAUCUUUCAGACAACUUUUUAAUAUUUUUUUUACUAUUUAAAUUUUAUCUUACAAAUGAAUCAAUAGAAAUAAUAAAUAUCCUGCAUCCUCAAUGUGAGGAAGGGCAGGGCUUCUUGAAGCAUCACUUUUGUUCUUAUUGCCUAAUUCCACAAAUGACAAUACAUUAAAAAAAAUAUAUUCAGCAAGUGUAAAACAAGAAAAAGUUUAUUUUUCAGACUUUUUUUUUUAAUUUUUUUUUUUAACUUUUUAAAUCUUAUUUUACAAAUAAAUGAGUAGAUAGAACAAAUAAUGUAGUGUGAGUCUGCACACACAAGCAUCCCCAUGGUGGUGAAAGUGCAUGUCCUUUCUGGCUGGAGCCUCCCUCUUUCACCCCGUACACACACACACACACACACACACACACACACACACACACACACACACACACACACACACACACACACACACACACACACACACACACACACACA